AUUAGCCUUAAUUAUUCUCUGAUUUUCUUCAUGAUAGGCUUGCAAUUUCUACGCAGAAUGUCCAGCCAAGUGGUCAAAAACAGUAGCUUCGAUCGAUGCUUGCAACAGGUCAAAAUGAUCAGCAUCGGUGACGGCCGUUGCAGCGCCCAGUUUAAGGUGGCUGACGAACACCUCAACCGAUACGGAGUUCUUCACGGUGGUUUCACAGCGUCGCUAAUCGAAACCGUAACGUCGGAGGCCCUGCUCGCAAGACCAAACUGUCCCUUUGGUGUUUCGGUGGAAAUGCACGUGACGUUCAUGAAGGGUGCCCGACCGGGGGACGAGGUUUUGAUCGAUGCCAGCCCCGUCCGGUCGGGGAAAAAUUUCGCCUUCAUGGAGUGCGAGCUGCGCCACAAACGGGACAACUCGAUCAUUGCACGGGGCACGCACACGGUGUACUAUCCGGCGACGAAGAUGUGAGUUGGGGACGUUUCUUUCCAGUGAUUUGUGUGGACUACGGUGGCGUCUUUGAAAAGAGAGUAAAAGUGUUUAAUUGAUUUAGUUUAUUGGUUUCAAUUCAGUUGGUUGAUUAUUUUUUUUGUGUUUGUUUUUUUUUGUAUUAGUCACGAUUUUCUUUUUAUGCAGCUCGAGCUCGGUUCAAUGUGAAGUUUUAAGGUAAAAUUUGUUCAACUUUUACUACGCCGCUAAUGUACGCUUGAUGACAAUUCCAUGUCUUGUUUUCUCUUCAUUCACCAUUCUCUUAAGUGUCUAGGGUUUUCUUCAACGCUAGCUUUAUUCUUGUAUCGUUCACUUUGGUAGUCAGAGUUGCAAUCGCAACGAUUUUCGUUUUGUUAGAGAGGAUUUUUCAUUAUUUGGUUUUGGCGAUCUUCUCGAGAUUUCGAGUCUUUUUCAUUUUGUCAUAUGUAUUUGGUUUAACUUGAGGGACUGCUUGUAUAUCAGAGAGCAGUCGUGUUGAUUCGAAAUGUUCGAGAAAGAUUUGCUAUGAUACGAGUAUAUUUACAGCACAAAUCAUGGUUCGUGACCCUGGUGAAGACGAAGAGGAUUGA